AUGACAGCCGUGACCGUGGUCAUCACAGGUGGAAUAUUAGCGACUGUCAUUUUGCUUUGUAUCAUCGCCGUCCUCUGCUACUGUAGGCUCCAGGUAAGGCUGGGGAGGGGGAUGCAGCCCCAAAGGGCACUGCGAUCCCCCACCCCGCCGCUCCACGGCAACCGCAACGUAGUGCUGACCAACGGCCCGUCCCUCUACGCCUCGUCGCCCUUUGGCAAGAAACCGGCGCUGAGCCGACCCGACUGCCCCAGCUGCGUGCCCUACGAGCCCCCCACCUUCUUCCUGCAGGAGCCCCCCGAGGAGCUGCACAACGGGGGCGACCGGGUGAGCUACCAGACGGUGAGCCAGGAGGAUCUCGACCUGCCGGUGAGCGUGGCCAACCUGCAGGCGCUCAACCCCAACCGGCUCUCAGCCAUGCGGGAAGCUUUCUCCCGCAGCCGCAGCAUCAGCACCGAUGUGUGA